AUGGCGGAGAAGGAAAUGGAAACAUCAAGCCACUGCUUGGUGUUGUCCUACCCAACCCAAGGCCACAUCAACCCUCUGCUCCAAUUCUGCAAGCGUUUACGCCACAAAGGCCUCCACGUGACCCUCGUCACGGCCAAGUCCAUGCUCAAAAACCUCCACGUGACCGCCGCCUCCCUGAUAUCCAUAGAUACCAUCUCCGACGGUUACGACGACGGUGGACUCCGACAAGCGGGGAGUACCGACGCUUACUUAGACCGCUUCUGGCGAGUUGGGCCAGCGACUUUGGCCCAACUAAUUAAGAAGCUAUCGGGGGCCGGUCGACCGGUCGACUGCGUAGUUUAUGACUCCUUCCUGCCUUGGGCUCUCGACGUGGCCAAGGAGUUUGGACUGGUCGGAGCUGUUUUCUUCACCCAGUCUUGCACCGUGGACUGCAUAUAUUACCACGUCCAUCGAGGGUUGCUAAGAGUCCCGGUCUCGGAGUCCGGGAUUUCGAUCCCCGGGUGUCCGCCAUUCCGGCCUUCGGACUUGCCGUCGUUCGUGUAUGAUACGGUGUCGCACCAGGCUGUCAUCAAGAUGGUUGUGGAUCAGUUCUCCAAUGUGGAGAAAGCUGAUUGGGUGCUUUGCAACACGUAUUAUGAGCUGGAAGAAGAGGUGGCUAACUGGAUGAUGAAGAUUUUACCCCUGAGGACAAUUGGACCAACAAUACCGUCCAUGUACUUAGAUAAGCGACUUGAAGGCGACGAUCAGUAUGGUUUCAGCCUUUUUCCAUCACAAAGUGAAGCUUGCCUGAAAUGGCUAAACUCACGCCCAAAAGGGUCCGUCGCAUACUUGUCGUUUGGGAGUUUAGUUGACGUUGAAGCCGAGCAAAUAGAGGAACUCGCCAAUGGUCUUAAGAGAAGCAACUGUCACUUCCUCUGGGUGGUCAGAGCAUCAGAAGCAGAUAAGCUCCCAAAAGGGUUCGUGGAUGACACAUCUGAUAGAGGUUUAGUCGUUUCUUGGUGUCCUCAGUUAGAAGUUUUAGCAAACGACGCCGUCGGAUGCUUUGUCACGCACUGUGGUUGGAACUCCACUUUGGAAGCCCUUAGUUUGGGAGUUCCUAUGGUGGCUAUGCCACAAUGGAGUGACCAAUUUACUAAUGCAAAGUAUAUUGUGGAUGUUUGGAAAGUUGGACUUAAAGCUCCGACAGCUGAUAAAGGGAUUGCAAGAGGAGAAGCCGUUGAAAAUUGUGUGAAGGAAAUAAUAGGAGAAAGAGGAAAAGAGAUGAAAAGGAAUGCAAUCAAGUGGAGUUCAUUGGCUAAAAAGGCUGUAAAUGAGGGUGGAAGUUCUGAUAAAAACAUUGAUGAGUUUAUAGCAAAAUUGGGUCACUAA